AUGAGGCCGAGCAGGAAGAUCCACCAGCCUCCCGACCCGCCCGCACAGGGCGCUGGCUCCGGGCACGGCCCGGCGGGCGGCGCCUGCGGGCCCCGCGAGGCGGCCGGCGCCUCCUGGGGCGCGGCCGCUGGGAAGGCACCCGCGGUGCAGGCCAGGCACGGCGGCGCGGCUGGGCACACGACGUGCGCGCAGGUCGUGUUCACCCAUGAGCUCGACCAGCUGGUCUUCGGCUCGGACGGGGGCGAAGCGGCUGUGGGUGCCGUCGGGCCGCCCAUCUCCACCACUAAGGGUGCCCACCUCUCCGCCGCGUCGGCGCCUGUGGCCACGAAGAUCCCUUGGCGCAGGGAGGCGCAGGAGCCAACCGGGGGGGGCAAGCUGCGGGAGCAGAUCCUGCAGCACCGCCAGGAGUUCGAGAAAGCCGCAGAGGAGGGCGUAUCGGAGCCUGCAGCCAAGGCCUGCUCUGCGGCUUCGGAGGCCAGCGCGGAGACGGCCCCAGAGGUGGAGAAGGUCAAGAUCUGGCGGUGUCCAGACCUGAAGUGCAAGGCAAGACCUUCGGGUUUCGAGAGCACUACUGGAAGUGCAAUGCAAGUGCCGCUCCUCAUGUCCUGGGGCAGCACUCGAGCGAUCCAGGCGAAGGCGAUGCCCAAGCCGAAGAUGCAUCAGGAGGGCAACAGCAUGGAGGAGUCGGAGGAGCAGCUCGUGAUGAACGAGGGGCGGAUGAUGCUGGCGGCCGAGAGGGAUACUCUGAGGGCGGUCAGGUACCUGCUGGAAAAGGAGAAGGAGAGCAUCGCGCAGUCGGUGCCCGUGCGCAGGCUGGACAGCGUGCUGCCUUCUCACCCCGCCACUUCUUCAUCGGGGAUGGCGCCUGCCAAGAGGAAUAACAGGUGGUCCAGCCAGCCCGAGGCUGUGGUGGAGAGCUUGUUCGACCAGGCUAUGCGUUCAUGGUGUGGAGGCGCCGAGUCGUUCAUGAUCGCGGCUGUCUCCACUGACGGGAACGCCAAGGACCUCAAGAACUUCAAGGACAAGUGUGCCGCCGAGCUGAGCGUCUUCGGGGACCUCGACUCGCUUGGCGACGGCAUGAACAACGGGGAAGACGACGAGGAUGACCACGGGCCGAAUCCCGUGGGCGCAGGGCUUCUCUACGGCCACGUUGGUGGCGGUGGCUCGGGCUCUGACGUGCACGAUCCCGACGACGAGUAG